AAUGCACCGACUGCAGCAAUCAGGUAGUCAAUAAUUGAAACUUCGACGAUGGUACUUCAGCUGAAAUGUCUUGUCGCUUUUCUUCUCUUCCAUGGUGUGGUACUACCGCUCGAAACCUGGGACGACGACUCCUUGUUCCUCAUUAGAAGUACCGCCUCGAAUUUAGUGCUCGACUCUCGUGAGUCCAAAGUGACAAUUCAACACUUUGACGGCUAUAAACCGCAACUAUGGAAAUUCAAGAGAGGAGAGCGACCAGGUUUGUUCAUCAUCGUUAACAAUAACACAGGGACAGUCUUGGACGUCGACAAAAGCAACCAAAACACAAUCAUUCUAGCCAAAGAAAAAGAUUCUUUAAACCAACAGUGGAUUCUCAACUCAAAUGGUCGCAUUAUAAACGCAGGUAUGAAGCUAACUGUGGAUAUAAUUCACGCGAGGUACGUCCCAGGGAAUCCUGUGAUAGUACGCACUGAUAAUGGGAACGCAGCCCAAGACUUCAUCGUAAAAGAAAAAAUUACUUGUGGAUUGCCUUAAAAACCUGCACUUUGUGUUUUUUUAGCAGAAUAUAUUCUUAAAAUGUG